CGAUGCUGAGAGACGAUUGCGGUGUGUGAGAAUGAAAAUGUGUGUGUCUGCGCAUCCGCCGGUCCCAACACUGAGCACCGUGAGACCUCUGUUUUCCGGAGUGUGUGUGUGAUUGUGUGUGAACGUGGGGGACCUUAAGAGAAGACAGAAAAAAAUACAACACUGCAAAAAGCUAUAAUUUAUUUAUUUAUUUAUUAUUAUUAUUUUUUUUUAUAUAAGGAGGAUAAACCAAAGUGCUGUGAAAUUUCAGCUUUGCUAUUUGCAAAGCAACUCAGAGUGUCCUGCCGCAUUUUAGUGAAGUUUUCUCUCCCCCUCCCUUUCCGGCUACAUCUCCUGUCGCAGUACACCUCAGCCCAAGGAACACUGAGUGCCUAGCUGGAGAUCAUGAAGUGGAACCUCUUCAAGAAGAAACCAGAAGCCAUGGUGGGUCCUGAGCCCACGGGUUUGGGGGGAACACACCCACCCAGCACCAUGACAAUGGCCCCUGGCCCUGCUCUCUCCACUGCAGCAGACAACUCCACAGAGUCUGGAGGCUCUUCCACGGAUAACCUCUUUGAGAAGAUCAGGAAUAAAUUCCUUAAUGAGAUUGAGACAAUCCCAUUGCCUCCCUGGGCUCUAAUCGCGAUUGCCGUAGUGGCGGCUCUUCUGAUCGUCACCUGCUGCUUUUGCAUCAUCAAGAAAUGCUGCUGCAAGAAAAAGAAGAACAAGAAAGGAAAGAAGGGCAAGGAUGGCUUCAACAUGAAGAAUAUGCAGGGUGCAGAUAAACACCAGGAUGACGACGAUGAGGAUGGAGAGACCGGUUUAACCGAGGAAGAGAAAGAAGAAGAGGAAAAGGAGCAGGAGAAACUGGGCAAGCUGCAGUAUUCUUUGGAUUACGACUUCCAGGACAACAAGCUGACAGUGGGGAUCUUGCAGUGUGCCGACCUGAUUUCCAUGGACUCUGGAGGAACUUCGGACCCUUACGUUAAAGUCUUUCUCCUCCCUGACAAAAAGAAAAAGUUUGACACCAAGGUGCACAAAAAGACACUGAAUCCUGUAUUCAACGAGACUUUUGUUUUCAAGGUUCCCUACCAGGAGCUGGGAGGAAAGACUCUGGUUAUGUCUGUUUAUGAUUACGAUCGCUUCUCCAAGCACGACAUCAUUGGUGAAGUCAAACUGCCCAUGAACACAGUGGAUUUGGGACAGCCCAUUGAGGAAUGGAAAGACCUGGAAAGUGCUGAGAAGGAAGAGCCGGAGAAGCUUGGUGAUAUCUGCAUUUCACUGCGGUAUGUCCCCACUGCCGGUAAGCUGACUGUCUGCAUUCUGGAGGCCAAAAACCUGAAGAAAAUGGAUGUGGGCGGAUUAUCCGAUCCAUAUGUGAAGAUCCAACUGCUACAGAACGGCAAGCGUCUAAAGAAGAAGAAGACCACAGUGAAGAAGAACACACUGAACCCAUACUACAAUGAGUCCUUCAGCUUUGAGAUCCCACUGGAGCAGAUGCAGAAAAUCCUUGUGGUGGUCACCGUCUUUGACUACGACAAGAUCGGUAAGAACGAUGCCAUCGGAAAGAUCUUCAUCGGCAGCAAGGCCUCGGGCACAGAGCUGAAGCACUGGUCCGACAUGCUGGCCAACCCACGCCGCCCUAUCGCUCAGUGGCACACCCUGAAAGAGGAAGAGGACAUAGACGCCACGCUGGCUGGUCUCUUCGCCAAGAAGUAACUUCAUCUCUCUACUAAUUCAACUUAUCAACUAACCUCCCUCCUCAACCCAUCCAAUCCCAGCCACCACUGCAUGAACGCGGACCAACCACUGCCCAUGCCUACUCCAAAUAAUGUUCAGAAUAAUGUACUUGAAAAAGUCAACAUUGCUGAAUGUGAAAACUCCAUGUCUCCCCAAAAACCAGUUCAUCCUGUAGUGUACUGAGUACUGAGUGGAAGCGUGGUUGAAGGAGACAUGUUUUGUCGUCCCAAAGCAGUUUUCAAUUUGUCAUCCCAUGCUCCUGCAACAGAGGGAUAUUUGCACAUGGAGUCAUAUAGCUUUCAUAUAACACUGACAUACCAUCUUCAUCUUCUAUGGUCAGUUACCAUCAACUAAGCAAAUUGAUUCAAUGAAAUUAAAUCAAUGCGUGUAUAUAAGAGCAAGAAAUUGCUUAAAAAAAAAAUCUGACUACCUGAUAAAAUAUAUUAAAAUAGUACAGGAAUAAUAUAUAUAUAAACGAUUAUAUUAUAUUCUAUAUUUUUCACACCUUAUGCAUCAAUAUUUAUAGGUUUCAGUAAAUGAUGGCUAGCCAACAAUGUCACAUUUGAUGACACAACUUGAAUGUUGAAAGGCUUUCAACUGGUUCUCUGCACUGGGAUUUGAGGCAAAACAUGGCUAAUGAAUAUACAAUGUACACAGUUUAGCUACACACUGGAAGCAACAUAUUGCUCAUGAGCAGUAAGGUACGUCUAAUGAAAUUGUUUACAAAGUGUAUGUAAAUCUUUACGGCUGCUAGACUUGACUUUAGCUUUUAGAAAAUCUAAAGGUUAAAUAUACUUUUGGGAUGAAGGAAGAAUCAGGGCUACUGUUUGUUUAUUUAUUGAUUUAUUUUGGAGAGAUUUACAGCUCUAUUAACACGGUGUCCUACCUGUUGAAAAACAGUUUAAUAAGACAAAUUAAAUAAUAGUAAAAUACACUAUACCUAAUCCCUUAAAUCUGAUUUACAGAAGAUUCAAUGCUAGAGGUUUCUGUAAGGAUUUCAAUAGAGAUAUCCUAGUGAUAUUGCCUUAUUCAAUACGGGCUAAAUUCAUUAAUAUUAACAUACCAUUUCCAAUCCACUUAAACUGACCAAGAACGCUUUGUGAGAACAAAUCAAUCGCCAUCGACGAGUAUGGCCAUUAAUUCACAAAAGCUUCGAAUCCAUUUUCCAUUUUCCUGAUUGGUGUAAUAUGUAUAAUAAUACAAUUUAAGCCUCUGAUUAGUUCACUGCCUUGUUUGUUUGAAGGAACUUUGCCUACAACCCCAAACAAACCCAUUCAACACCAUUCAAUCUGAAGACAUUUGCCAUUCGAAAUGCCAAAGUAAUAACGCAGGUUUAAUAGGAAGGGACGCAGUUCACUGGAGAUGCGACAAACAUUGUCUCAUCUCCGUUCUUUUAUGUUAGAAGGGACAAAACCAGGCGAUAGGCCACACUUAGUUCAGUCCAUUGACGGCACUUCUUUCCCUCUGCUCUCCUCUAAUUGUGCUGUACAUAUGCAUUGAUAAAACUUUGUUAAUACAGCAUGUGUCUAUACCUUGAUGUACAUAGAAGCAUGUUUUGAAGAUAGAGCAUAUAUUGUGUAUGUGUGGCAUUUGUCAUUUUGAUAAUAAAACGUAGAGGAAAAAUACAACGACUGCACAUUUUAUUAAAUUCCCCACAGUGGGUAUAGGAAUUACUGUAAAUCUUUAGCUGAAGAUUUAAAGCCUUUCAGGUUACUUUAUUUUCCUUUCGAUCUAAGGAGCUGUGUGCAAGUUUUGUUUUAUUCAAAUGUGCCAUAUUUAUUGUGGUUGUGUUUUGUGAUUUGGUUGUUGAUUUAUGAGCUUUCUUUAUGCUUAUUUUUAUGUCCGAUCGGAAUUCCUUUGUUAUUUCUUUUCUGUAUUUCUUUUACUGUCCGAUAUGUUACGUUACGUUACGUUACGUUUGUGAAUACAAUGUUCAGAUUUUUUUGUAUUUGUUCUUGUUAAAGAAAUCUGUGUGUAUUUACAGUAAGGAAAGCUAAGUCAGAAGCCAUAUGUGUGGUCCCUUUUCCACAAAACCUAAUAAUCGUAGGACGAGAACAUGUACCUCAGUGACAAAAAAAAAAAAAAACAGAUCACACACUCUUUGUACAUCCCUUUGAUUUAAAAGAUGUGAAAGCAAAUGUGAGAUUUAAAAAAUAUAUAUAUAUAUUUAAGUAUCUGUCUGUUGAAAGGCAGUGUAAUGGUUUAUUUUUGUUUUAAUCAGCAGAUCACAGGAUUCAAAUCAUGCUAAAGCCAAUUCAUGCGCACAUGUUGUUAUUCAUCGAGUAUUUGUAUGUUAGUAGUAGCUAUCCCUACAUCUGUGUAAUCCAGAAUAAAUUGAUUUGGUGUUUCACAUUAAUCAGUACACAAAUGCUUGCAAAAGAUAUGAUUAGUAGAACCAGUACAGUUCUAGUGAUCCACAUGUAACAGUGGCAUGAUUUUAUUAUGCAAUGUGUGUCUAUGUUAGUGUAUGCCUGCGUGUGAGUGUGUGUGUCAAAUGUAUUUACAUUAAUCAAGGUUUGAAGGUUUGCCAGGUGGCUGACAGACAUUUCUGAGUGUCUUAUAAUUGAUGAGAAGAAAACCUAUCAUUAUAGAUUAUUAAUACAAAAAUGUCGUUGUAAAAGCCUGUUGUUUAAUGUAACAUGUGAUCCUUGUUUUUUUCUUCCUGACAUCUGAUGAUUUCUUUGAACGAGCCUACACAUUACUUCAUGUAGGAGUUAUGCCAUUAUGUGUGGGCCUUUUUACAAGAUUAAAAUGAGGACAGUUUCAUGUCUGUCUUUGGGGUGGAAAAUCUGUGACUAGCCUACUGUGAAAAAGCAUUUUCUUUUAUUUCCAACUUGUGUGUACUGAGUGAGUCUGAACCCCUAAUAGGCCUUGUCUUUGGUUUCAUGCUUGCAUCAUGAAAAGUCUAGAAAUGAAUUGAAUUUUUAUUUAUUUAUUUAUUUUAUUUUAUUUUUUUUUCAUCUUGAAUGUCUUGUUUCCAUCAAAGGUUUGGAACAUUUGCUUUGAAAUGAUUUUUUGCUUUUUAAGUCAUGUCCAGCUGCCAUGGACGUCUGUGCUGCUGCUUAGGACGUUGCAAUAGGACCAAUGAAGAAAAAAUAUGUCUUCAUCAUCGUUUUUUUGUUUGGUUGGAUUUUUUUUGUAUGUGUGUGACCACGAUUGAAAAGCUACAGGGGAUCAUUACACCCCUGCCAAGCAGACAACAAAAUCCCAGUCUUCCCUGGGACACUGGAUGCCAGAUGACUGGCCCCUUGCCCAUGCUGAGACAUUUAAUUUCACCACCUGUCCGGCCCAUAUUGACGGCAAACACUUUGCCUACACCAUAAUGUCUAUACAUGCUUACUAACAUGAUCUAACACCCUCGUUCUCUGUAUUCAUUUCAUGGUGGACCCAUGUAAAGACGUUUCCAAAGACCUGCUCGUCCUCGUCCAUUGUGUCUCGUGUAGAGGUACCUGUGUCAGUGAUUCCUUUUGUGGAUGCUUUGGCAUGCUUUUAUCUCUUACAGAGGAUCCCAUUUACUAUCAGAAGAUAAGCCUUUGCUACUCCUGUAGGUUAUUGUCAUUCUGUAAACCAAUAAUGUCAGUACUUGAAGAGAUACCAGCCACUUAAAAAAAAAGGUCUACAUGCAGAUUCAUCCAUUGGUUAUCGACUAGCUAAUCAUAUGAAAUAAAGCCUUUUAAAUAUC